AUGGAAUUUGAAGAUGAAAGUGGAGUUUUACUAUACCUAUUAAAAUGAAAAAAAAAAUUAUUCUCUGCCUAAAACAUUUUUCUAUUAGUAUAUGAAAUAGAGCAACAAGAAAAGCCGAAUGUUUAUUUUCACUAUACUAGGGAUAAAUUAUUUAACUUAUGAAAACGGAGCCAAAAUCAUUGACUGCAGCUCAUACUCACAUGGAUGUCAUCCUUCUAAUGUGCUGAAUUCUAAAGAUAACAAGCUUUGGCUUUCAAGAGAAGGGAUGCCUCAAUCAUUCACUGUAGAUUUCAGCACACUAAUCCAAAAACCAUCAUCCUUCCAAUGUCUUGGCGUAUUCUGUUGGCAUGCUUAUAACUCAAACCCUGCCAUCAUUGAUUUAUUUGUAAGUCAAAAUAACGAUGACUACACAAAAUGAGCGACACUUCAGAUGGAAUUUCGGGCAGGGGCUCAAUACUUCCCAAUAAACCAGCUAUCAGCGAGCUACAAUUAUUUAAAACUAGUUGUAAUCGAAACAUAUGGAGCAAGCAGGACUUAUUUAAACCAAAUUUAUUUUUUUGAAGAAAUCCCAAAGGUCAAAAAACAAAUUUUAACUGAAAAUCCAUUUCUUUCCUCAAUUUCUAUCUCAUUUUAAUCUGAAUUUGUUGGUUAAAAGAUUAUAAAUAUAAGAACUCGCCAUUGAUUUAUAACAGUAUACUCCUGAUAGAGGCUAUGAUUUUUCAGCAGCCACUUGCACCCCUGAGCCUCUUCUAAUCCCUGAGCAAAAGCCAAUCCCUUUUCAGCCUCAAAAUUUAGACCGAAAACUAAAGGAGCAGCUAUGUGAAUUAACUGAAACCAUGAAAUCCUUACAAAUAGAGUAUCUCAGCACCAACAAGCCUAUGAUUUUUGAAGAAGAGCCGCCUCAAAAGCCUCAGGAAGACAUAAAAAAAGAAAACGACAUGCUGGCAACCACUGUAGAUACCAUGAGAUCUCAAAUAUCAUCUUUAGCUUCCCACGUGGAUUCUUUACAGAGAAACAUGUGGUCAAGCAUAGGUCGCAACCAGACACCCCCACCCCCAAUAAGGGAACCUCCCACCCCCCCUAAAAAUGGUACCCCCCCCACCCCCCUUUCACAGAUGGCACCCCCACCCCCCCUCUCGGGUUUAUCCUAUAGAAGUAUUUGAUAGGAAAUAAGCAGAAUAAAUUAAACAUAACCCAAUUAAAACACUAUAUUUUUAAAUUAAGUCCACAAAUUACUUUAUAUUUAUGAUUAAUUAAUAAAUUUAAAUUAAUUAGCAAUUAAUUAGAAAAUAUAUUAAAUUUGCUUUUUAUAUUUAUAGAUAUAAUGUCAAAGAUAUAGAUAAUGGCAUUAAUUAUUAAAUUAACCAAGGAUAAUACAAUAACUUGCUUUAAAUUUAUUGAUUCAUAAAUUAAAGCUAAUCUGAUUACCAUUGUACAAAGAUUGCAGGACUGAAUUGGUAGCAGGAUUCAAUAGUGCUAAUAAAAAUAGUAUUUGCUAUUGUCAGUUUUACUUUUGGAUCUCUAAUUCGACUUUUAGCCAUUGUUCCACAAAGUUCAUAAAUAUAUGCAGGAUAUAUUGCUAAUUAAUACCAAAAAUCAUUAUUAUGCUUGCUAACAAAUUUUUUCAGAUUUUGUGAGCUUACUAGUUAUAGGAAAUUCUCACCCCAUUCCAUCUACUCCUUAAUCGAUUGUGCUACGCUAUGUGGAUAUUGCAUAAAUCAGUAAUUUUGAAUAUUUAAAAUAAUAAUUUUAUUUAUUACGUCUGCUCUAAAUUGGCAUUUUUUUUCAUAUAUUUUAUGCUAUAUUAUGGGGGAUGGGAGUGGGGGUGCCAUCUGCGAAAGGGGGGGUGGGGGUGCCAUCUGUGAAAGGGGGGGUGGGGGUGCCAUUUUUUAGGGGGGGGGGAGGGUAGGGGUACCACUUUUUAGGGGGGGUGGGGGGUGGGGAUAUAGGGUUGCUACCUGUGCUUGACCAAACAUGCUUAGCAGCGAUUAUAAUUUUAUUAUCAGCAGAAUUAAGGAGGAUAUUUUAUAUGAAUUACAGUCAAGGAGAGAUUCCAGGCCUGAAAGCAGAAAUUCUUAUAGAAGCCAGUCGCCUGAGGAAUUUGCGAGCCAGUUUGAAAAUCAUAUUAAAAAAUGGGAAAAUAGAGUUUUGACGCCGAUUUUGAUGAAAAUGAGCAAAAAAAAUGAAAUAAAGCAGCAGGAAAUACAGAAGGAAAUUCAGAAGGAAAUACAGCAAGAAGCUGAAAAUCCGGGAGAAAUAUUGGAAAAGCUUCAAGCGAAAAUUUCAGAAAAAGCGGAAAAAAUGAGAGUUCUUCAGGAAACAAGAAGUAGGAGGCGGGAUAGGCCACAUCGAAGCAUUGGAUCUUAA